UCCCGCUGUCGACACCUCCCUCGGUCAGCGUUUGGACCUCGGCGCUCCGACGGUGCCCGGCGGCGCUAGGGAGACCUCAGACGUCGGCGCUAACGCCCAGGUGUCUGUGACUCCGCUCCCUGACAGCACAGACUUUGACCCCUGGCCGACAUCCGGUGGCAGCUCCUCCCCUCGGAGCUCAAGUUCCCGGUCGUCGGACGCGAUGGGUCUCGACGGCACGGUCCCCUCUGGAGAUGCUCCGCCUCCUCCGACGUCUUUCCUCGCCGAAGAUCCCGAUUUGACGACGGGAAGGUCUAACCGACCUCUCGCCGUAGGAUCUCCCCCCGAUGGCCCGCCCCCCAGCCCGGCGUCCGACAAUCUUCUCCCUGAUUUUUCUCUUGAGAAAGUAGCACUGCCUCCCUAUGGACUCGCUCCUGGCAGAACGUCCAAUCGGCCGUCCACGGAUGCAGCGCCUCUGGCGAAAAUCCUUCCCGACGGCUUACCUCCGGACACGACUUUUGCCCGAGAAGCUCCUGCGGACGGACCGCCGACUGAUGGGACAACGCAGGCCGACAGACUCGGCCCAAAGUCACCUCCUGAUGCAACUUCCUCCGACGGACUUCCUCCUGAUGGCGGCGCUCGUAAAUUACUUCCUCCUUCUCCUGCUGCUGCUGCUCCUCCUACACAAGUCGGCGAGAUCCCACAGGACAAAGAGUCAACAGCAUCAGAUUGGUCAGAGUCUGCCGGGGACUUGGCCCCAGUGGACUUCACCUUCCCUUUUCCAGAGCAGGAUUCCACCGGGCUAGGAAGAGAAGUCUUGGGUCUGGUUUCUGUUGAUCCAAGUUCCAAUUUGGAUUUUGGAUUGGAUUCAGUGAACCGGGAUUCCACUGGACCUGGAACUCCUUCUGGAACAGAAGAUUCAAGCCCAUUAAGUCUCAAUUCUGGAUUGGAUUUAAGCGCUCAGGAUUCCAGUCCUCCUGGAACAGAAGAUUGGAGUCCAGAUUUUGGAUCGGUUUCAGUAGCUCUAGACUCAGCUGGCCCUGAAGAUCUAAAUCCUGAAUCUGGAUUAUAUUUAACUGAGCAGGAUUCCGCUGGACCUGGACCAGAAGAUCGUGCUUCUGGAUCGGAUUCAACAGAUCCGGACUCCAAUGGUCCGAGAACAGAAGAUCCCAAACGAGAUUCUGCGAUGAAUUUAAUUGAUCAGGAUUCGAUUGGUCCUAUAACACCUCCUGAGGCAGAAAGUUCCAAUCCGGAAUGGGUCGAGCGUCGUUUGGAUUCCCAAACAGGCCGGACGAGUCCUCGGGAACUUGAACCGGAGUCUUUGGAUUCCAACCCCGAAAUUCCCGAGCGGACGUCCCGACCCGGUUCUCCUGAUCGAGUCGACGAACCGAGACGGGAUGCUUCUGCCGCCGCGAUGGAGAAAGAGGAUCGAGAGGCUGACGCCAGGAGGAAGGAGGGCCAAAGCAAUCAAAAAGCUGCCGAGUCCAAAGAAGAAGGGCUGAAGCAACCUGAGAAGAAACAGAUGGAAGAAGAGAAUGCGCGGACGGCAUUGAAAGAAGAGCAAAAAGAAGAAAAAGGCUAUGAGAGAAAAGGUAACAAAGGAGCAUGAUGGUACUUUUAGCACCAAGAGCAUCCCUGACACCUUGCCACAGCUGCACAUUCGUUCUUGUUUCCUUUCUUGCUUUUGCCCGCCAAGCAACUCAGAAGAUUUUGAUUCCCGGCAGUGGGACGAGCAGCCAGCUCUCCAAAAUCGCCUAUGUCACUUUCCAGGGUAAGACGGCUCGGCUCGCCUCGCCUCGCCUCGCCUCGCCUCA